AUGUCAACAGCUACAAAUUGGCAAGCAGGUUUCCAUCCGGUUACUCCUCGUACCAAUUGUCCACACCUUCACGAUAAUAUUUCUCCGAAUUGGGCUGAAGUCACUGUUGACGUUAGUAAACCCUGUACCGAAUGUAACGAUGCCAGUGAAAAUUGGCGCUGCUUAAGAUGCCAAGGCGUGUAUUGCAGCAGAUACAUCAAUGGUCACGCUGCUGAACAUCAUAAGAAUACUUCGCAUCCAAUAUCUAUUUCUUUUAGCGAUCUUUCUAUUUGGUGUUAUGAUUGUGACGAUUAUAUAACUAGCCGGCUUCUUAAACCUAUCACAACUGCUUUUUAUGUCUCUAAAUUCGGAGAAAUGCCUCCAAAUUCAAAUGAUAUUGAAAUUGCGAGUGAAGAAGAUACUACAGGAAGUGGGGAGGGUCCCAGUAAUUCGGCAGGCGAGUCAGGUCCAUCAAAAUCUGACUAG